AUGAAUAAUCCAGAACUAGAUGCGUUAAGGGCGUCGCGAACACCGAUUAAAGCUAAAUUAACUCGUAACAAGAACUUCCUCGAGAAAAUUAAACAUAAGUCUCACGGCAUAACCACGUUAGCAGAAAAAUUAGAAAAGUUUAAUCCUCUAUAUUCGGAAUUCGAUUCAGUACAAACUCAGAUUGAGAUUUUACUUGGAGAAGACGAACAAAUGUUAGAGGAACAAUCAAAACAGCGCGAUGAUUUCGAAACAGAUUAUUUUACUGCUCUUUCGGAAGCUCGAGCCAUUCUUGAAGAAAAUCGAACGACCCCGGUACCAUGGUUACGCGAAAUCGUCCGAAAGACUCACCUCGCAUGCAACGGCAAAAAAACGUGUCCGCUCUGUGGCGACUCUCAUGGACUUUAUAAUUGUGAGAGACUGCGAGCACUUCCUGUGUCAUCGCGAAUUAAGGAAGUUCGGCGUUUGCGAAUUUGCUACAAUUGUUUAUCUCCCGGGCAUCAUAAUCGUCAAUGCAAUGCGGGACCUUGCACUAAAUGCAAAAGGAAGCACAAUACUUUGCUUCAUCUUGAAACCAGUGUAGCCGAGAACGCGAAUAAGCAGCAGAGUAUUGCAGUCGUUCAAAACUUAACAUCUAAAGGCGAUCAGCCGAUUAAGACCACUCUCGUUGCUCAUUCUAGGUGUAUGGAUAAUGAGCAUGUAAUAUUAGGAACUGCACUUGUAUGGACAAAGGAUCGGAGAGGAAAGCUGCAUGAAUGUCGCGUUUUACUUGACUCAUGUUCUCAAGUAAACCUUAUGACACGCGAAUUCUGUAAAAAAUUAGAACUUCCGAUGUUAACUUCCGACACCGUGGUUUCUGGAGUAUUUAAACACGAGCAGGAACCACAGCAUCGCGCUCAUUUCACAUUUAAUUCGCGAUGUACCGAUUUGUCACAACAAAUUACGUGCCUCAUUACAACGGACAUUACCGAUGACAUGCCCAACGUGCGAUUGCGUAGAAGUGACUUCAGCAUCCCUGAUGGAAUUACAAUGGCUGAUCCAAGAUUGGCUGAAACGCGCCCUAUCGAUCUAUUAAUCGGCGGGGGUACAUUUUGGAAGCUUUUAUGUGUCGGGCAGAUCCAACUCCGCGAAGAUAAAAUAAAAGAUCUCAGCCAGGAUCAUCCGAAAUCGAUCUCUGAUGUUCAGAGCAAAGGCCGGACCCUGUUCCUGUACGAGUACUAUGGGAGGGCAGGUAGCCCUUGGUCGAUUCGUGCUGUCGAUCACCUGCCCAAGUUGAGAAGGUCUCGUAGUGGCAUGUGGUUUGGGGAGGUUGUCGGGCAGAUCCAACUCCGCGAAGAUAAAACGAUAUUACAAAAAACGCAACUUGGAUGGAUUGUCGCCGGUUCCAUGGAACUUCCACCCCCCUCAUACAAAUCACAGGCUGUGUGUAAUUUGAUUUCUAAUCAGCAAUUACAUAAUGAAGUCCAACGAUUCUGGGGAAUCGAGCAUUAUUCAGUCAAAAGGGAUCAACCAGAACUGGAUUUACGUGACGUCUGUGAGCAGCACUUUCUGUCAACGACUAAGCGUGACCCUGAAGGACGAUUCAUCGUGACAAUUCCCUUUAAGGACGAGGUCAAUGUACUUGGGGACUCUCUGAAAAUUGCAGAAAAACGGUUAUUCGCGAUGGAGCUAUUUAAAGAAGGCAGCACUACUACCAAAUUACGCGUUGUCUUCGAUGGAUCUGCAAAAACUUCUUCCGGUCUCUCAUUAAAUGAGGUUCAGCGAGUCGGUCCAGUGGUUCAAAACGACCUUUUCCCAAUCACUUUGCGAUUUCGCCAGUAUCCUAUUGUACUCUCUGCUGAUAUUGCCCAAAUGUAUCGGCAAAUUAAGGUCACUCAAAGUCAACAAAAUUUACAAAGAAUUGUGUGGAGAACGGACGCUUCUAAACCAAUUCAGCAUUUUCGACUCACUACAGUCACAUACGGCACCGCGUCAGCUCCUUUCUUAGCUUCGCGGGCCUUGCGACAAAUUGGCGAAGAAAAUAAAGAAAACUACCCCAGCGCCAGUCAGGUCGUCAUGCGAGAUUUCUACGUGGACGAUCUACUUACGGGGGCAAACACGGUGGAGGAAGCAAGGAAACUAAAAACUGAAAUUAUUCAUCUUCUCUCAGCCGCAGGAAUGGACGUUCAAAAAUGGGCUUCGAAUAACCCAUACGUAUUCGAAGAAUCGAAUCAUUCAAAAUCAGAAAGAAUGAUUCAAACAGAUAAAGAUCCAAAAACUGUAGGAUUAUUAUGGACACUUGCCAUCGAUGAAUUAAAAUACUGUGUACAGCAGACAUCGCACUCCUGUGCUACAAAAAGGCCAAUAUUAUCAACUAUUGCUCAGAUUUUUGACCCAUUAGGCCUCGUUGUUCCAGCGGUGAUCCGUGCUAAAAUCAUUCUUCAAAGUCUGUGGCAAUUAAAACUCGGUUGGGACGAGACUCUACCGCAAAAUCUUCACACUGUAUGGAAAGAAUUCCACGGUCAACGCAAGGCACUAAAUGAAAUUUCGGUACCGCGAUUUGUUCUUGGCGAAAAUCUUGUAACUGUGCAGCUCCAUGGAUUCAGUGAUGCCUCGACAGUAGCAUACGGCGCUUGCAUAUAUUUACGGUCGUCUGACUCUGUCGGGAAUCGCACUGUACAUAAUCCAGCUGAUCUCAUUUCUCGCGGAAUCAAUCCAGAGGAUCUCUGCGACCAGGAACUUUGGUGGAAGGACCCAGAUUGGCUCUCUCAAUCUGUAGAAAACUGGCCUGCGAAACGUGACCUGACCAGCGAAGAACUCGACAAGUUACCGGAAGCGCAAAAACGUAAAGCGAAUCUUCUUCUAACCGCGCAACCGGACUUUACAUUACUUGAGCGAUAUUCAUCAUUACACCGUUUAAUUAGAGUAACAGCGUACUGCUUGCGAUUCAUAGAAAAUGUUAAAAGGGCGAAAGAGCUUCAAAAGUUAGGUUACCUCGAAGUUUCCGAAAGAGCUCAUGCAUUAUCGAGACUUUUGAAGCUUGCUCAGACUCAAGAUUUUCUACGCGAAAUUCGUGAUAUCCAAGAGUCGAAGCAAAUUUCAAAUAAAAGCAGAUUGUAUUCUCUUAAUCCAUUUUUAGAUGCGCACGGACUUCUCAGAGUGGGCGGCCGCUUGGUGAAUGCUCCUUUAUCAUUUGAGCAGAAACAUCCUAUUAUAUUAUCACCAAGCAAUCCACUAACUAUUCUUAUCAUUUCUAACGAACAUUUAAAAUUAAUGCAUGGUAGAUGCCAAGCGGUGAUGGCUUCUCUGAGAAAUGAGUACUGGCCUAUUUCCUGUAAAAACACUAUAAAAAAUGUCCUUCGAAAAUGCGUAACAUGUUUCGAAUAA